AUAAGUGGUCUUAAUUAGCAAUUGCAUCUGUUAGCCGAAGUUUGCGCAUCCUCCUAUUUUUACCAUGCCCCUAACAUGUUGUCAGAAAAUGUAAAACUGCUUCUAUCUAUCUUCUGCAUCUUCCUCAGAUCCCCUUACCCCAUCUUCGCCCCAUUUCUGGAUUUAACAUCAAGUUAUAGAGUUAUCCCUCUCUUUCCUAAACAAUAAGACAACACCACAGAAAAUCUACCUAUUCCUAGCUCCUAUUGCCGCUCCCAAAUUGAAGAAUACAAAACAAAAAGAUUCCAUCUUUUUACCCCCAAAAGCGGCCAAGUCCAAAUCAGAGGAAUUUACUGAGAAGAAAACAUCUUUGUAUAAGGUCCGGUGUGCUGAAUCCUAUGUUUCUUUCAUAAAACUCUUGUCUAUCUGUCUGUAAGCAAAGCUUAAAUACAACUACGAUCCACAUACCUGCUAGCUAGAUCGGAAAGAUCCAGAUAGUAUUGUAAUCAUCAAUGGGGUCUUCUCAGUCGGUAGCCGUACCCUCUGAGGAAGAUGAAGAGCAAGAAGAUGAAGAAGAAGAAGAUGGCGAGCACGAGGAGAAUGAUACCCCAGAUGAGAGACGUCAAUUAUUAGGUGGUGACGACGAUACUACUCUGCUCAAGAAGGUUCUGGAACAAGAGCCCGAGAUGUUACCUUGCCACGCCUCUGCAUCUCCUCUCUCCCCUCAGCUCUCCUCUUUCGGUACCCCUCGUUUGGGCCCUUCCAUUAAGGUGUGGGACCCUUAUAAUGUCCUGGCUCCCCCGCCCCCACUUCCGCCUCCCCCUCAUUUCCACCGCACCUUCUCCUCUGAUUCUGUGGAUGACGAUAGGACCCUCACCGAAGUCUAUUUGAUUAGUAAUGGCGAGUGUCAUAUGAAUUUAAGGCCUGAUUUGAUUGCCGGCCGAUGUCCCGAGGCUGCACUUACCCCUAAUGGUAAGCGCCAAGCCAGAGCUUUGGCUGUUUUCCUCAAGUCUCAAGGGAUUCGUUUCAAUUCUAUGUAUACAUCUCCCUUGGAUCGGGCUCGAGCUACUGCCCUCUCUGUUUGCCAGGAAUUGAACUUUUCAGAGGAACGUAUACAAUCCUCUGAUGCACUACUGGAAAUGAGUCAGGGGCAUUGGGAGGGAUGCCACCGCUCGGAUAUAUUUACACCUGAAACAAUUAGUCUAAUGGAAAGGUUCCAGCCUGAUUUUUCAGCACCAUCUGGAGAGUCACUGAGGCAGGUGGAAUUUCGGAUGGUACAAUUCCUAAAUGGAACUGUUAUGGCAUUGCCUGAAAAAUUCAGAUCUGAUUUCUCCCCACCAGAUCAGAGUGAGAGCCAGGCUUUCUCAAACCGUGGUUCUCAUGCACUUGUCAAUUCAGUUCAUGACCGAGAUGGGCCGCCUUCAUUCUCAUCGUCUCAUUGGGAUUUGCACCACAGGAACCGACAAGGACUUUCGAGGAAGAAGUCUGGAAAGAGUAGGCUUCAGAUCGUGACAACUACUGGGGAUCAUGAGGCUGAUGAUGAGAUGUCACCUCGAGAACCCAUUAAUCCUAACUCCAUCCGUGAUUUAAAUGUGCAAAUCACUACUAAUGUUUCUCAAUGCAUUGGUAUUUUUACUCAUUCAAUCCCAAUCAAGUGUCUUCUUACUGCCCUCCUUGGCUGCAGUGCAAUGAUGUCAAGUAAGAUAUGCAUAGAUGAUUCUUCUGUUACGGUGCUACAGCAUUCCUGGAAAUUGGGAUGGCAGAUCAAGAGAAUGAACGAUACUGCACAUCUUAGGCUUCUGUAGUAAAUUAUUCUAUUCGGCAGCUGAGAUCACUGAGAAAAUUCAAGUAUUUUGGCUUUAAUUAGGGAGUUCUUCAAAGCAUUCACGGGAUGUGUAUUCUACAACCAGAGUCAGAUCACUGGAUGAUACUUUUGAUGAUUAUCAAUUUCUUUUGCAAAAUUAAUUCCACUUCUCCAACUGCAUACUGAAACUGAGUUUGAGUUGGAACCACGGGUGUGGAUUAUUGUUUCAGUUUGUAGCAUUUUAAAUUAUUGAUAUUGUAGGGCAUUUCUGGUGUGGCUUUAUAAUAAGCUGUUGAAAAAAUCAGGCUGAGUUUGUUCUGUAGUA